AGUCGCUGUGUGUGAAUUAAAAGGAGUAUGCUUACUAACGGUGCAUGGAGUCAUUUUGCUUAGUAAUACUAAUGUUAAGUCAUUCUGAUUCUGCAUACUGCCAAGUCACUUGUAUAACGGCACAACCUGUUAUUGGAGAGAGCAACAGACAUGUAGAAGUAGACAAGACUCAUAGUGUGAAUAAAGUAACUAACUCGAUACACACUGUAUCACUUCUAUAUCUAGAGUUCACAUUCUGUCCCUCACAGUGAGACACAGGAAACUAAGAGAAAGGGAAACAGAUGAUGGUGGUUUGAUUGUUGUAAAGGGGUUUUUACUUCUAAAAAUAUUAAUUUAGUAUGUACCUGCAAGCCUAGAGCAGAGGCAUUAAGAAGAGUAGGGGGGUCAUUUACUGUAGAAAUUGAGGAAGGACUGUGUACAGUAGAGAGAUGGAUGAAAUGAGAGUAGACAUGAGUGUGAGAGGUCUAGAUAACUAGUUGGGUAGGUAUUUAUAUAUGAGGAAGAAGUGUAUUGACAAACACACAGUUCAUAUACUCGUAUCAGCUGAGACCCAUUCACUUAUAGACAGAGCGGGAUGGAGUGUGGAGAGAGUAUCCUGUGUGGCUCUGGGGAGCUGGAUCUGGACCCUGACAUUGUGAGUGAAGAGGCCGGGAAACUGUACUCUGAACUACAGACAGUGAUCGAGACCCAUGGCGUAGGGGUUGUGGAGUCCCUGGUGCCCAUCCUAGUAUGGGUCCUGGAGGGUCUGGCCAGCUGCAGAGCCCAGCUCAGAGAGAGGGAGGACGAGGCUGAGAGAGAGAAAGGAGAGAGAGAUGAGCUGUUGGAGAGAUACCAGAGUGAGAAACUACAGAGGAGAGAGAGCCAGGAGCGGUAUCUGGAGUUGGAUGACCAGAUUGAGCAGGAGCGGAGGACGAUGAGGGGAAGAGAGAAGGAGAGAGAGAGGAGGGAAAAAGAACUGGAGAAGAAGGCCAGAGAGCAGGCUGACCAAUAUGGCUUCAGGGCGCCCAAGAAAGUCCAGCAAGCACCAGGACCGUCUCCUAAAGUGGUGGCCUUGGAGGAGCAGAGAGCUGGACUGGGCAGAGAGUUGAACACACUGAAGCACACUCACAACAAGUUGGUGCUCAGUUAUAAGGAUCUGCUGGAGAGGAAAAGGGAUCUAGAGAGAGAGGGAUCUCCACUAAGUAACCAUGUGCGCUCCAAGAAUUCACAAUCUACCCAGGGCCUGUCAGAAUCCUGUGUUAGCCGGCAGGAGCUAACUGAUCGAAGGCCCGAAACACCUCCUGAUUCUGUCCUGUUUGAAGAACCGGUAACUAAAGACGAUAGGGUGAUUGACAUUGUCAUAAAGCCAGACAGAGAUGCGUCCUUCAUCAGUGACAUCAUAAGCUCCACCCCUGAGCUGGCGAAGUUUCAUGGCCUUAUGAAUGCCAGCACCCCGGUCCGAGCAGACGUCAAAGAGCCAAUCAGAGACGAGACUAAGACCAGCAUGGAGGAAGAAAUGAAGGAGGUGGAGGAGAAAGAGGAAGGAGGAGCAAAGCAGGAGAAGGAAGGAGAGGUGGAGGAAGAUAUGGAUAGUCUGGAAUGGGAGCUGAGGAACAUGGAGUCUGUGUUCUCAGAGCUGAGUCGGGAAUACGUAGAGAGUGUGGACCAGGGGGCCAGUGUCAGAGGCAGCACCGACCAGUUUGAGGAGAUUCUUUCUCAGUAUGAGGAACUGAAACACACCCAUGAGUUAGUGAAUGCGGCCCGGAAAGCACUGAUCUCUCGUGUGGAGGAGCUGACCAAUGAGAGGUCAGCUCUUAAAGUGGAGGUGACUUCCUGCCAGGAGACUGUCACCCGAUUGGCGGGAAGAAUGAAGGAGAUGGAGGAGGAAACUAAGAGACUUCGGAAAGAACUGGAAGCAAAUAAAUUGGAUGAUUCCUCUCUGCCCAUAUCGCUGCGUCGGUUCUCUCGUUUGGAGAUGUCCCGUGUUGUCAUGGAGAAGAACCAGUAUAAGGAGCGUUUGUUUGAGCUGCAGGAGGCUGUGAGACGCAGUCAGACCAUUCGGGUCACCCAAGAAGAGAGGAUCACAGAGCGAGAGAGGACUAGUGUGUGGAGAAGAUUCAACCGUUUGUUUGGCCUGAACAAGAACCCCUUGGUUCCGUCCGCUGCUCUAGCGCUGGCCCUGCCGACGUCCCUCACUCACUCACCAAUGGGGUCUCCACGGAAACUGGCUGUCAGUACAACUCAGACAGAUGGUGCCUCCCCUGCUGCAGCCCUGUCUCCGCGGGUCAGGAGGAGGGAGCUGUACAGAGACAUCCGCUCCCAUGUCUGGGGAACCCUGGGAAAACGCCAGGUUCAUGGCUGGAGCAUGCCACUGUCACACACACAGGAUUCCUCAGAGCCGACCCCUGAGCCUAAAGAUGUGCCUGUCCUAGUUCAGCUCAGACUGAUGGACCAGAGAGAUUCUACAGCCAAGCUAAACUGUGCUGUUGCUGUCACACCUGAGAUCUCAGGAGAGACAACGUGUGCAGUGUGGGUGGUCUCUGGUCCCGCCUCCAAUAGUGAUGUCACAGUGAUCAACCCUGCACGGUCCAAUACGGUGCUGGAUCAGUUCAGCCUCCCGCCCACCUCGCCCGCCCUAUGCAUCUGUGCUGUGCCCCCCACUGGUGAGACCUCAGGAACUGUGUGGAUUGGAACUCAGGAAGGAAGUGUAUUGGUCCACUCCGCGUCCACAGCUAGGAGGCGCUGUCUGCAGUCUAUCUCUCUGUCUGAGGGUGUGCACUCUCUCACGUAUUCACAUGGUCAAGUCAUUGCUGGAUUAGCCAAUGGGAUGCUUGCAUUCUUCUUGCACAACCCAGGUGGAUGGGAUCUCCAAUCACAUGAGGUUUUGCCUCUGGGAUCAACUCCACUGCAGCCCAUUCGCUGUUGCCUAGCGAAGGGGGCGGGCUUAUGGGUAGGAUACUGGAAUCGGGUUCAUGUGGUCAAUAUCGAGAAUAGAAAAGUGGAGCAAACUUUAACCAUCUCGGAGCGCAGUGAGCAGCAGGUGCGUUUCCUGUGUGCGGCAGGAAGUGGUGUGUGGACGUCCUGUCGGCUCGACCCUACACUCAGGCUUUUCGAUUGGUCCACUGGCCGGCCCCUGCAGGAUGUGGAUCUGACCCCUCUGGUCACCAAAACACUGGGCCCUGCCUUCUUGUCUCUCUCUCCGCUGCAGAUCUCGUCCCUCACCUUCAUCUCUGGCCGGCUGUGGGUGGGAACAGGAAGUGGCGCCAUCUUCUCCAUCCCUGUGUCUCUCAGUUCAGAGUCUGCCUCUAUACCAUACUGCUCUUUGGCGGCAGCACAACUGUGUUACCAUGGACACCGCCAAGCUGUCAAGUUCAUCAUUGCUGCACCUGGCUGUGUGACCAGCUUCUCUACAAUAGGAGGCGGUGCUGUAACUCUCGUCUCUACCUCUCAACUCAUUCUCAGUGGAGGAGAGGGCUACAUCAACUUCCGUAUCGGGGACGACGCGAAUGACGGCGCACCCGAAGCUGCUCCACUGCGAUCAGACCGCAGUCACAUGAUCAUCUGGCAGAGCCCCACCCCCUCCCUGCCCAGCUCCGCCCUUUGACCACACCCACAUCCAGUCUAGAAUGAGACAAGGAAGGAUUAGUCAGAGAUGUCAUACAAGAGACCAGGAAGUACAAAUAGGAGCCAUGUUUUAAUGGGCUUCAUUCACUAGGAGUUCCAUUUGGAUUUUUGUUCUAGAAUCUUGGGAUUAAAUUAAGACAUCACAGCUUAAUCCUUCUUGUCUCACUCUGUUAUUCAGUUGCUACCCUCAUCCCCUUGACUAAACCUUUCACCUGGUUAAGCCAGUGUCCUCUAUGUGUGCCUUAAUAUGAUUUGGCAAUCGUUGCUGUGAGAUUGUACAAUGUUUUGUGUUUUUUUGUGAAACGUUUCCUCAUUAUGGUAAUCAUAUAUGGGCGGCAGGUAGCCUAGCUGCGUUGGGCCAGUAACCCAAAGAUCGCUGGUUCGAAAACCCGAGCCGACUAGGUCAAAAAUCGGUCUGUGCACAUGAUGAGCAAGGCACUUAACCCUAAUUGCUCCUGUAAAUCACUCUGGAUAAGAGUGUCUGCUAAAUGACUCAUCACUGUAGCAAAGUAUUUUACAGUAAGAGUCUUGACUUUAGGUCAUCCGUUAGUCAGUAUUUUACAGUAAGAGUCUCUGACUUUUGGUUGGUUAGUUAAGAGUGGUUAAGGUUUGUUUUUACCACAAAACAUGCACACUCAGAUUCAUAUCAUCAUUCCAUGACGUUUGAUCAAACUCGUUUACAUUGACACUGAGAUGUAGUGUUGAAGCUGCUAGGUUCCUAGUAACUAUUGUUGCAUAAGACCCUGGCCUUCAGUUCCCAUGCUGGGUAAAUCUACAGCGUAAUUGCACUUUAUUAUCAUCUCCGUGUGUGUGUGUGUGUGUGUGUCAAAUAUUUUGAAAUUAUUGGCUAAUCCUCUUGGAAGAUUCUAGAGAAAUAAAGUGCUAGUAUUUCUCCCAGAGAAAUGAUCUUAUGUCUGCUCGUCAUGACCUUGUGAAACACAUUAGAUUUUUUUGUUUUGUUCUAAGUUUUCAUUUGCAGAGCGAUAAGGGAGUGGAAGUCUCAAAAGAUACUUCAAGUAUUUUAUGCCGUAUUUGAUAGUGUUUGUGUGUGACUCAUGUCUGAAAAUGUUCAUCACAACUGGACUCUAUGCAAGAUAAUCUAUGACAAAUAAACUUUUGUAAAUACUUUCAUAAAA